GGUGACAGAGCAGGAGCCCGCAGCCUCCGGAGCAGCAGCAGCGGCGGCGGCGGGAUCCGGCUGUGGUUGUGCCGCCGCUGAGGAUGCGAUGCCCGGGGAGAGAUGAGAGUGCGAGCGGCGGACAGGGAUCCCGGUUCCGGGGCCGGCAGUGGCAGUGCUGCCGUUAGCCUGGUGCACGGGCUGUGUGCUGCCGUCUGUGCUGCCGCUUACUGCACCGGGCUCAGCGGGGAGCUGGUACAUGACGAUGUCUGGGCGAUAGUCAACAACCCGGACCUGAGAGCCGGAGCCCCGCUCACUCACAUCUUCUACAAUGACUUCUGGGGCAAGAGCAUGGGGGACAACAGCAGUCACAAAUCCUACCGACCCCUCUGCAUCCUCACCUUCAAGUUGAACAUCCUGCUGGGUGGCAUGACUCCAUUGUACUUCCAUGUGGUCAAUCUAAGCUUGCACUGCACCGUGACCUCAUUGUUGUUCUACACGUGUGACAAGGCUGUGUUCCGAGACCGUCGCCAGGCGUUCUUAGCAGCCGUUCUCUUCGCCGUACACCCUGUUCAUACCGAAGCUGUGACGGGCAUUGUGGGGCGAGCAGAUGUAUUAGCUUGUGUCCUCUUCCUAUUGGCUUUUCUCUCCUAUCUUCGGAGCGUGAAUAGUACCUGCAUUGGGAAAUGCUUUCCUCCGACCAGUUCUCCAUUCUUCCUGUUGCUAAGCCUGUUCCUCGGUACCUGUGCGAUGUUGGUUAAAGAGACAGGCAUCACUGUCUUUGGAGUGUGUCUUAUCUACGACCUUCUUGUUCUGUGCUCGAACAGACUUCCGAUAAACCUAUCAGCUGACAGGAUCGGAGGACUGCUAAAAUUGUCUGCACCGUACCUGAAGAGAGCUGGUUUUGUAACUGUGUAUGUUCUCCUCAUCCUGUUUUUCCGUGUGUGGAUCAUGGCAGGCUCCAUGCCGAACUUCUCAGAGCAAGAUAACCCAGCUUCGUUCUCCCCUUACUUCCUCACUAGGUUUCUCACAUACUCCUAUCUGCUGUCCUUCAAUGCUUGGCUUCUGUUAGCACCGAUGACCCUCUGCUAUGACUGGCAAGUAGGGAGCAUCCCAUUGGUGGAGUCUUUGUGGGACGUGAGGAAUGUGGCAACUGCAGUGUUUGGUCUUGGCAUGCUUCUGUUGACUUGGAACUGCCUACUUUCUGUACAGAAACUGAAGCACAGAGAAGUAUUAGUGGGCCUGCUAUUCCUGGUCUUCCCAUUCAUCCCUGCCAGCAACCUCUUUUUCAGAGUGGGCUUUGUGGUGGCAGAGCGGGUGCUGUACAUGCCCAGUAUGGGAUACUGCAUCCUGGUCGUCCAUGGCUUGAAUCGAUUGUGUGGCAUUCUCAGUAAAUGGGGAGCUACAGUUCUCACGGUAACCAUGUUGCUUGUAGUAGGACUGUUCUUCUGGAAGACCCUGAAACAGAAUGAGGUGUGGCUAUCCAGGGAAUCUCUGUUCAGAUCUGGAGUUCAGACGUUGCCCCUUAAUGCCAAGGUGCACUAUAACUAUGCCAACUUCCUGAAAGAUUACGGUCGCCAUGACGAAGCUGUUUACCAUUAUAAAACAGCUUUGAGGUUGUACCCACGUCAUGCCAGUGCACUCAACAAUCUUGGCACAUUGACCAAGGACGUGUCUGAGGCAGAGGUCCACUACAGAGAGGCCUUAAAACUGAACCCUCAGCAUAACCGUGCGCUGUUCAAUCUGGGGAACCUGUUGAAAUCCCAGAAGAAACUAGUCGAGGCUGAGCAGUUACUGCGUGACUCUAUCUGGUUUGGCUCCCAGUUUGCAGAUGCCUACUCCAGCCUUGCAGCUCUAUUGGCUGAGCAGGAACGAUUCGAAGAAGCUGAUGAUAUAUAUGUGCGUGGUAUCGAAAACUGUCCUGAGAACUCAGACCUACACAACAACUAUGGAGUCUUCUUAGUUGACCAAGGGAAUGGGAGUGGAGCUUCAGGUCAUUACCUGCAAGCCAUUCGGCUAAAUCCCAAACACUAUGUUGCCAUGGUGAACCUCGGUCGUCUGCUGCGUUCGGCCAAUAGGAACAAGGAGGCUGAGACGUGGUACAAACGAGCACUAGGGAUCACCAGAACUGUGGAUGUUCUGUCUCCUCUCGGGGCCCUGUACUACAACACAGGCAGGUACGAAGAAGCUCUGCUUAUCUACAAGGAGGCAAUUACAAUGCAGCCCACAAACAGCGAACUAAAACUGGCAGUGGCCCAGGUUCUCUCUGUGGCCGGCCGGGCCAAAGAAGCUGAGAGACUCAUCAACCAAGUAGUGAGUGAAAGGCAUGACUGCCUCGAGUGUCAGCGCCUCUUGUCUGUAAUCUACAGUAAAAUGGGAAACCUGAAGGAGGCACUUGAUGCUUGCAAAAGAGCCUUGCAAAUGGAGCCCAAAGAUCCAAAAAUCCUUGCCGAACUUUAUUUUUCAGAAGGGAAUCUUUUGAGGGAGCUGAAUCAGCUGGAUGUGGCAUUUGAGAGCUAUAAGCAGGCAGUAGAGCUGAGCCCAGAACUGUCGCAAGCUUGGAUGAACAUGGGAGGGAUCAGGCACAUAAAGGGUGACUACAAAGCAGCUCGUGAGUACUAUGAGAAAGCACUGGAGCUUGUGCCAAAUAGCAAGAUUCUGCGGGAGAACCUCAGUAAACUGGACCGCCUGGAGAAGAAGUUACAAGGACAAAGGAGGGAUGAGCAGAGCCCUCAGGAAGCUAGCACAAGGUGACGGAUAAAUGGCCUGCUCUCGACCAUGACGUCAUACAGAAAGAAGGGGAAGGACUUUGAAUUUCAUAUGGUCCUAAAUGACGGAAGCAACAAAGGGAUCUUUCUGCUGUGAAGUAAACCAAGAGACAUUGAUUUUGUGUGUGAUUUUACAGCUGUAAGCUCAUCUGAGCUCAAAGCAAUGUUUAUCGCCUUUGAGGAUUGAAGCUUCUCUGACAUUCAUUUAUUCAACUUCAUCCUUUAUUAGGUACAGCCUCAGGUGAUGAAGCAGCCAUCGCUGUGUCUAAGAAAUUUGCAGCCCCUACCAUUCACUUCAGCCCUUCCUGCAGUGAUUGGCUGUUAUUUGCAUGGGGUGAGUUGUGACAAAACAUAAUUUAUCCAUCCCAAUGCAUACCAAAAAAAAAACACACUUCUGGAACAGAAAUAAAUACUCAGAAACUAAUCACAGUGAAGGUUUGAACAGCAAGGCUCUUCACUCCAGCCUGUAUUAAAAGCAAGCUGUUCAAGAAAGUGUAACUUUCUCUCCUUGUCCAGGCUAACCUUACAUGGUAUUGCGAGUGUAUAAUAGCGCAUUCUAUAUUGAAGUUUGUCAGGAGCAAAACCUCCCUCCCAAGUCAUUCAGUGCACAUCCCAAUGUUUGAGUGUUUAUCCUCUGAAGUUUAAGAUUAUUUCUUUUCCUGGUAAGUCACCCAAGUGGGAAUGUUAAAAGUAAGAUUUCAUUGUUGAAUACUGAGGCAGAAAUCAAACUGAAAGGAAGGUGUUCCAUUUUGAGUGAUGACUUUGAGACUCGAAGCAUCUGCUCCCUGUUCAGGCUGAGCACCGAUUUUACCUAGAGUUGAGAUCUUCCCCAGCGCUCAAGAGUCACAUGAGGAUUGAGAGCUCUCCAAUUUGCAGAGCACACUGAGCUCACUCAUUGGGCACAAGGAGAUCAAUUUCAGAUCGAUGGCAGGAACAGGAGGGUGUCCCACUUCCAGGAGUAAACCCAGGAAUCAUUGAGGAGGUGAUUAAAAGAUGUGAUGGAGGAACCGUAGGGUCUUUCUAGAUGAGUAAGCACCAACUGAAGAGCUCUCCUGACCUGUGUGUCUUGCAAAGAAUUGGGCCAUUUAACUUGCUGUUUGAAGUUUUGAGACUCGGGUAAAGAAAUGCUAAUUGGUAUUUUAAAGAUUUAUGACGUCAAUGGGUUAAAUUUCCUUGCAUGUAUUUAAAACAAAGCAGGGAAAGUAUUUCUCUUUGGCACAGUGCAAGGCCAGUGUCUAGAGCUAGCUUAUACAUUCCUUAUUGCUUUCUGUUGAACCCAGCUAGCAGUGGGGAUAGGACUGGGUGUCGUCUCACUGCCCCUGCUGGACUAACAGCUAAUUAAUCCUUAUCCCAUGAUUAAUGCCCACUGGGCAGAAUUGCUGGAAGGUGCCAGUAGGACCCUGUCCAGGGAAGUUGCCAACAUCUCCAAGUGGGAAGUGAAGAAAAUGAGCAGGAAUUGUUUUUUAAGAAUUGGUGGGGGAAGAGAUUGCAAACUCAAAUACGCUUCAUUUAGACCACAUUUUGAAAGUCCUGUCUGCAAAGAGUGUUUAUCUCCACAUGUCUAGAUGCUGAUGCAUCAGCCAUGUUGCACCAUAAUUUCAACGGCAACAAUCUAUGAUUGACCCCUUUAAAAUAGGUUUGUUCUUUCUCAUCAUUGUCACUGAACAUACUGGCACAGUAUUGUCACUCCCCCACAUUGGCACUGCAGAUGUCUUGCUCUGAUUAAUACCCAAGGAGGAUCUUCUCAACCUUGCUGGCUCCCUUUUCAUCCCUGUAGUCUUCCAGCAUCCCUUGGCUUGGCCUCCUGUAUGCACCAGCCUAUUUCCCCCUCAUGGGUGCAGCUCUCACUUAACCCCCCUACACAGACCUCCCACUUUAUUGUACAAAUCCACUGGAGUCAUAAGCAUGACUUGAAAUCCUAAUGUGGUGAUUAAUCAGCGAUUGACACGUUAAUUGUUCGGUGGGUAAACAAGCGACGAUUAUGGGGUCAUGUAGGAUUUGAAAUUUUAUUAAUACUCAAAUGUUGUGACCAAUGAUUCUACCAUUUAAACUGCAGUUCUACUGCAAACAUGUUUUUAAGUAUCUCUAUUUUUACAUAGAAUCUAUAAUUUAUUUAUGAAUAUUAAGUAUUAAAGCUAUAAUAUAUGUCAUUAUUGCUAUAUGUGUAGAAGAUGAUGAGGUGUUGGUGUGCAUUGUAUACAUUAUAUAUGCACUGAGCCUGUUGAUUUUAAGUGCAAACAUUUCUUUAUAAAAUUUAAAUGUGAAGAGGCACAUAGUUUGGGACUAUAAUGGUGCUUCAGUUCUGAAGAAGAGUCAUAUCUGACUUGAAGCAUGAAGUCUGUUUCUCUCUCCACAGACACUGCCAGACUUGCUGAGUUUGUCCAGCAGUUUCUGUUUGUUUCAGAUUUCCAACGUCCACAUUGUUUUGUUUUUACUUUUGUGUUUUUUAGUGAAGGCAAAGCUAAGCAAUUCGAGAUAGGAUUGGAAAGUAGAAUUGAUAUUGACGUUCUGCCAACGUGAAGCAGGAUCUCGUGAUUGCAUGGCUAACUUCAGUUCUAUUUCUUAUGUUCAUUUUAAUUGAACUUAUUCCUCUAUUCAGUCUCUUGCCCACAUUCCAUUGUUUAAUCUCCAGACUCUAUCUCAAUGGACUCUGUUCUACUGUACAAAACUGGACCCGAUCUCACUGGUGACUACAAUUUACUGACUGAUUUAUUGAUAAUGCUGCCAGGUUUCAAAGAGACUGGUGAUUGCACAAGUCACUGCAAAUGAUCUAUUUUGACAUUGGUGGGUUUUUCUAUAAAGCUAUGUUUAUUCCAUUUCUUUAAUUUACAAAGUGUUUGCAUUUAAGCUCGUAAAUGUCCGAUGUACCAUGAACAAUGAAACUGUUCAUUUGUCUGUCUACUCUCAUUCUGUGUAGAUAUGAAUGAAGGAUAAUUUGAGUACAGAAGUUCUCACUUGAUGUACUAUAAAGGCUCACCAUUAGGCACCAA